GCAGCCCCGGUGUAUUCUGGGACGGGACACGAACCACAAUGGCGGUGAAACAACCAGCAGCCCUCGGUCUCUCACUGACAUGUUUACUUUCAGCACUUUUCCUCCAGACUUGUCGGACUUUAGCCGGAGAGCUGCGGUGGGAUGAGAGCGGCUACGUGUUGUACUGCCCUUGCAUGGGUCGCUUUGGAAACCAGGCAGACCACUUCCUGGGAUCCUUGGCCUUUGCAAAGAUGUUGAACCGAACCCUGGCGGUCCCUCCCUGGAUAGUGUACCGCCACCACACGCCCCCGUACACCAAUGUCCAUGUUCCCUACAGUGAGUUCUUCCAGCUUGAGGCCUUGUCUGCUUACCAUCGUGUGAUCAGCCUGGAGGACUUCAUGGAGAAACUGGCCCCCAAACACUGGCCCUCAGGGCAGAGGAACGCCUACUGCUUUGAGACUGCUGCACACCGGACUGCAGACAAGAAGUCCUGCCCCAUGAAGGACGGGAACCCAUUCGGUCCAUUCUGGGACUACGUUGGUGUUGAGUUUGACAAGUCUGUGUUAUUUGGUGGGAUUUCCUUCAGUGCUUACCACCAGCCUCAGUGGAUGAAGAAGUUCCCGCCCUCUGAACAUCCAGUCCUGGCUCUGCCCGGAGCGCCAGCCCAGUUCCCAGUCGUGGAGGAGCACGUUGGCCUGCAGCGCUACGUGGUUUGGUCAGAAAAGAUGGUGAAGGAAGGAGAGGAGCACAUAUCUAGCCUGCUGACCAGACCGUAUGUUGGCAUCCACCUGAGGAUUGGCAGUGACUGGCAAAACGCCUGCAAGCUGCUGAAGAGCGGUGACGCGGGGCCUCACUUCAUGGCGUCCCCUCAGUGUGUCGGCUACAACCGGCAGACGGCGCUUCCCCUCACCACGACCAUGUGCCUCCCCGACCUGGCGGAGAUCCGCAGGGCCGUGAAGCUGUGGGUGAAGAAGACGUCCGCCCGCUCUGUCUACAUCGCCACCGACUCCAACUCCCACAGCAGGGACAUAGAAAAGCUCUUCAAGGGCAAGGUUAAAGUUGUGACUCUGCAGCCCGACUCGGCCCAGAUGGAUCUGUACAUCUUGGGCCAGGCUGAUCACUUCAUCGGCAACUGCGUCUCCUCCUUCUCCGCCUUCGUGAAGAGGCACCGGGACGUCCGUGGCCUCCCGUCCUCCUUCUUCGGCAUGGACCACCCAGGAAAACCAAAUCACAAGGAGGAGCUCUGAGCGUCAUACGGUUGCCUCACUGGACACUAAUACCGAAAGACUGUCGUUAACUGAAAUGUGGGUCACAAUGUGCAGGACUUGAGUGAUUUUAAAGACGCUUUUAAUGUGUGAGAACGGAGGAAGAUGGGAUGUAGCAGGUGAACGUUAUGAGAAUGCUGCUACUGAGAAACACUACUCUUGUCUGUUUACUGCUUGAAAACUCACUAUUUGUAUUCUCAAAUUAUAGCCUGUUUUUGUUUCGUUCCAUCGGGGAAACACGCCACUUCCCCAGCAUUUCCUUUAGUCGCUGCUGUAUUCUGUCGUCCAUGUUUUGCAGCCCAGACGAGUUGGCAGAACCUCGUGACCUCGGCGAACCCUGUAAAAGACCGAUUGCAGUAAGCGAUGCGUUCGUCUUCCUUUCCUUUCAGAGCACAGUAACUGAUCCUCCUCUACAACACUAAUUAUAGAAAGGAGACAUCGCACCACGUGCUUUAGCAGGACCAAAAACUUUGAUAAAAAUGUGCGAAACUUUAUACCGACAGUAUUGUUAUUAAUAGGAGGAGGUGAACAAAAGCGUUACUGGUGUUCGUUAUUUUUGUUUUUAUGGAAUUGUGAUUUGCACUGGUUGGAUGUUUGUUAGGAAUGUAGUUUUCUAUAGUGUUUUUCAUCAAUAAAGUGGUGCGAAUUAGUUUAUUUUCCAAUAA